AUGGCGGUUAGUGAUUGGAGGGGAAGUCAUUCGAGCCCAGAAGAGCAUCAUGAUGAUCCCAGAGAAGUGAUUGGCGUAUUCUUCCCAUUUCUGUCUAUCUUCCUGUCUCUUCUUGUUGCAAUUGAUGAUCAAAGAAAACCAACUACCAGCUAUGUUAUCAGUGUCCAUAAGAAGGUUGUUGAGGUUUCAACCUCGAAAACAAGCAAGCACGGUCAAAGUGUCACUUUGUGGCGAUCGAUAUCUUCAAUUCAAAGAAGCUUGAAGAUAUUGUGCCUUACUCUCAUAACUGUGAUGUUCCUUAUGUUAACCGCACUGACUAUCAUAGACAUAUCUGAGGAUGGCUUUGUGAAUCUUUUGACUGAAAAUGGAAACACCAAAGAUGGAUAA